AUGCGCUCGCAGGAGCGAGGAAGAUCGGUGGAGAGGUCGCCAAGAAGGGCGGCGGACCGCGUGGAUCUGCACGUUGAAGGGCGUCGAGAUGGAGGCGAGGACGAUCUGCACGCGGGAUCGGAGCCCAGCCUUCAACCGUCCAUCAGCGGCCCUUGGAAUCUGGCACGCGGCCAUCAAGGAGGGGGUGGAAUGCGUCGGGACGACGCGGACGUGGUGGACUCAUCGGAUUCGGCAAGCGAGGCCGACGGCGAGCAAGAAGCAGAACAGAUCUCGAUGACGCGGGAUGGUGAGAAGGAAGAAGUCGCGGAGGAAGAGCGCGACGAAGGGAGCAAAGGCGCAGGCGAAAACGGAUCGCCGGUAGGGAUGCGCGGAGGCGGCGCGAAACAGCGCGGGACCGCGAGUGCAGGUCGCACGCCAGAGGAGGUGCGCGGGAGUGGCGCGGGGCGCCAGGGGAACCGCGCGGAUGCAGAUCGCGCGCCAGAGGAGGUGCGCGGGAGUGGCGCGAGGCGCCAGGGGAGCCGCGCGGAUGCAGAUCGCGCGCCAGAGGAGGUGCGCGGGAGUGGCGCCUGCGCGAGGCGCCAGGGGAGCCGCGCGGAUGCAGAUCGCGCGCCAGAGGAGAUGCGCAGAAGUGGCAUGAGGCGUCGCGGGAACAUGGCGGCAGAUCACGCGGCAGCUGGGCGUCGAGAAGAUGAGGGUGGAUGUCAUGAACCCGCGGAAGCGGAGGGACGAAGGGAGCAGGUGCGUAGGGUGGGGGCAUGGGCGUGUAUGUUAGUAACACCAGCAGCAGCGGUAGCGGAGGAACGGGACGAGCAGGUGGGGGCAGAACCAUGUGUACCAGCAGCAGCGGUAGCGGAGGAACGGGACGAGCAGGUGGGGGCAGAACCGUGUGUACCAGCAGCAGCGGUAGCGAAGGAACAGGACGAGCAGGUGGGGGCAGAACUGAGUGCACCAGCAGCAGCAGUAGCACAAGGCAAGAACGAGAAGGUGGGGGAUUGGUCGGGUGUACGAGUGGUAACGGAAGCGGAAGGGAAGGAAGGGAAGGUGGGGGCACAGGAGGGCAUGCCAGCAAUAGCGGAAGCGGAAAGCAAGGUAGAGAAGGUGGGGGCACAGGCGUGCGCACCAGAUGUAGCAGAAGCGGAAGGGAGGGACGAGAAGUUGAGAGCACAGGCGUGCGUACCAGCAGCAUCGGAAGCGGAAGGGAAGAACGAGAAGGUGGGGGUAUGGGCAAUUGCUCCAAUGACAGCGAGAUCGGAGGGGAAGGAAGGGAAGGUGGGGACACAGGCGUGCACAUCAGUAGUGGCAAAAGCGGAAGGUAAGGAUGAGGGGAUAGAGGCACGGGCAUGUGUAGCAGCAGUAGCAGAAGCAAAAGGGAGGGUCGAGAAGGCGAGGGUCAGGGAGGGUGGACCAGCCGAAAUGGUGAGCAACUGGUGGCAAAGGGAGCUACGGGUCGCAGGGUGGGAAGGGCCUGUAUGGGACAAGGCCCAGGAGCUGAAGGAAGAAGAGAGGGAGGGUGAGGAACUAGGGGCAGGUGCGAGUAUGCCAGGGGAGGAAGAAGCAGAACGUAUGGGCUGA